GCGCAUUUGGACGGUGACACAGCAAGCAGCAGCAAGGCGGCGGAGAAAGACACUGUCACUGUGCCAAACGGGAUCCUUCAUGAGGAAGAGGCCAGGGGACAUCCAGCCCCGGCUUCUAUUCUCCAGCCGAUAUUACAUUGCGUGGUUCAAGCCAGUGUGAGCCCGUAAAGGGGGGGGACUGUGUUAAUGUCCAUAGGAUGUCCCGUCAUGAAGGUGUGAGCUGCGAUGCGUGUUUGAAGGGCAACUUCCGGGGGCGGCGGUACAAGUGUUUAAUUUGCUACGACUACGACCUGUGUGCGUCGUGUUACGAGGGCGGAGCCACAACCACCAGACACACAACAGAACACGCCAUGCAGUGCGUACUAACCAGGGUCGACUUCGACCUAUACUAUGGAGGAGAGGCCUUGUCAGUGGAGCAGCCACAGGCCUUUACCUGUCCCUACUGUGGCAGGAUGGGCUACACGGAGACCUCUCUUCAGGAGCACGUUGCUGCAGAGCACACGGAGACCUCCUCAGAGGUGAUCUGUCCCAUAUGUGCUUCGCUGCCCGGCGGGGACCCUAAUCACGUGACGGACGACUUCGCUGCUCAUCUCACACUUGAACACAGAGCCCCCAGAGACUUGGAUGAGUCGAGCGGGGUGCGGCACGUGCGUAGGAUGUUCCACCCGGGUCGGGGUCUAGGGGGGCCGAGGGCCCGUCGAUCCAACAUGCACUUCACCUCCUCAACCUCCGGGGGGAGCUCUACCACACAGACCUCUACACAGAGCUCCAACUACAACAGGGAGGCCAUGGAUCCUAUAGCUGAGCUUCUCUCCCAGUUGUCGGGGGUGCGUAGGUCGGCGGGCGGCCAGCUGAGUUCAGGUCCUUCAGCCUCCCAGCUACAGCAGCUCCAGAUGCAGCUCCAGUUGGAGCGGCAACAAACCCAGGCUGCCAGACAGCAGUUGGAGACGGCCCGGAGUGCCACGCAACGCAGCAGCCGUACCUCCACCAACGCAGGGCUGAAUGCCAAUCCAAGCCCAGGACAUCACAACGCCAACCCCAGUUCCAACUCUACCAGCCCCAACCCGGGGCAUCACGAGUUCACGACACACACACAGCAGAGCAACUCCCAGUUCCUCCUCAACAGACUGAGUGAGCCGAGGUUGACGGAGGCGGAGCGUCAGCUGAGUGAGGGCCAGUGGGCGGACCGCUCUCUCUUCGUCACGGAGCUCCUCCUCUCCACCCUGCUGGCCGAUCCCGACCACAGCGAAGAUGACGAUCUCCAUGACUACCACGACGCCGUGAUCCGAGGUUCUGACGCGUUCAGUGAUUUCGGCACCUUCGGAGACAUGGGCUGCGUGGAGGUCAUGACCUUGGACGUGGCGUUGGAGAACCUCAACCUCCGAGAACAAAAGGAGCAGCGACCCCCGCCUCUUUGAUGACGUCACUACAACGUUUAAACCACCAACUGCCGUUACCGACCGUCGCUUGGCAACUGAAAGAAAUAAGAUUGCAGCUCUUUUCUUGGCUUCGGUUAUUAUUAAUUUUGUUUUCUUUGGCUGGGUGACGUCAACUCACUUGUCACCCCUCCCUCCCUCGACCCCACCCCACGUAGUGUACAUGAAAGUCGGAAGCAAGACGAGAGAAUGUGAACGUGAGAGAGCGAGAGAAUGAACUAUAUAUAAAUCUCUAUAUAUAUAUAUAUAUAUAAAUAAAUCUAUGAAAAGAAAGCCGAUAAUCAAUUCCGCAUGAAGCUGUGUGUUUGACCCUAACAGGUCAAGGUAGGAUAGGUAGGUAGCCAUUUUGAUAAUUUAUUAUCAUAAACGAGUGCACAGACACACACACUGAGAGGAGGCGGCAGGCAGACAGGCUCUUCCCAGCAGGCUAAGCUGUUCUUUGUUUAUGGUUAGGAAUAAUAAAACCGGGCUUGGCUGAUUUUACCACAACAAACGUUGGUAUGUUGAGAUUCUUCACCCUUAACCGUCAGACGUCUUCCAUUAGAACGGGGUUUUGGGUACCACGGAGAUGAAACUAAUCUCUUUUGGUCCUAUGAUAAGCGUUUGUGUCUGUGGGUACUUUCCUGUCCUGUCAUCUAUCUAUAUGGGUGUUCCAAUUCUACACUAAUUAUUAUUUUCCUUAAGACUGUUUUGAUUCAAUGGUUUUAAUCCCAUUUAUUUAGCUCCUCCCCCCCAUACCCAGGAUGACAUCACUUCAUGGGGCCAAUGUUGCCUUGCUUUGUGCCAACUGAACUGUGUCCCCUUUUGAAUUUCACAUGGAGAGAAGCUGUGUACAGUUUGCAUAUGCACUACAUAAAGAGAUCCUAGACAUGGGAAAGCCAAUGGACAAUCACAUGAAAACUAACCUGAUUCUAUUCUCUCUCCUGACAGUUUCCUUUGUUGUUUUGUUUGUUUUUUUGCUGGACUGAUAGGCCUUUUCUCAAUUGGAUUUGCUCAACUCUUGCGUCCUCCCUCUUCCGUCAUCCUCUGGCCUCCUUUUGAAAAAGGUCAAAGGUUAUCGAGGAGAGGGGAAAGUGGAUGAAAAUGCGCCUGUAUAAAAUGACUCCUCCAAUCACGCGUCAUCAGGCAAACUACGUUUACAGGGCGGAAUCCCAAAAUAAAAUGUAUAAACUGAUAACUAAGAAAGCUAGUGGUGCAAAACAUUUUAUAGAUAAAAAAAAAAAAGGAUAAGUAGAAUAUAGUUUUAAAUGUUUGCAUGCUUUUCUUCUUCGAUGAAAACAGUAGCUGAUUUGAAGGGGGGGGCUGAUUUCAAAACUCUUCCACGAAGGACUCAGGGUAGGAUACACAUUUGCGUCCUUGCCAAAAAAGGAGCCUAUUGAGGGGAGGACCGUCUUCCUGUUAACCAAUUGACACUCUUCCACCACUUAUCAGUUUCCCGGGUGACGGAGGAGAGAGAUUGAAGGACAUCCUUUUGCCUCCACUGCUACCUUAACAAAUGCAAUGUACUGUCUGAUGAUGACAUGGUUUGGGUGUUUGGGAAAAGGUCAAAAGACAGGGUCAACUGUUCAACCUGGAGGAGAACAAUAAAAUUGUUUUGGAUGUAAAAAAUUAA